CUUUCCAAACUUGGUUAUCUCCCUCAGGCUCCCUGUUGUGGUAAAGCAUAUGUUUGUCGCCUGUGCCAUGAUGCUGAGGAGGACCAUCAAAUGGACCGCUUCCUGGUCAAAGAAGUGCAGUGCUCAGUCUGCAACACAGUACAGCAGGUAAUUCUGUUAAAGGGGAACUGUUGUCAGUCUCUGAGUCCCAACUAUACUGUUCAUUCAACAUAUCAAUAUGGUCCCAUUGUUUGUUUAUUUUAUUUCAUCUGGUUCUUCUUUCAGGCACAACAUACUUGCCAGGAGUGUAAUGUGACAUUUGGGGAAUAUUACUGUGAUAUAUGUCACCUGUUUGAUCAAGACAAGAAGCAGUAUCACUGUCAGCCCUGUGGAAUAUGCAGGUGAGUAACUCUGCCCUAUUUGACUUUGUGUUACGACUAACGUUCCCAUAUAUAGUUCACCCAUGUUCAUCAGCUGAUAUGUCUGACCAGCUGCUGGCCACCAGCAUGUUUUAGAUCUUUGUUUUAUUUGCAUAUUGGUGUCUUAAAACACUUGAAUAGCGUAGCCAAUAUGUACAGUUAUGUUUUGUACUCCUGCAGGAUCGGGCCAAGGGAGAAAUACUUCCACUGUGAGAAGUGCAAUCUCUGUUUAGCCGGUAAUCUACGAGGAAAUCACAAGGUGAUUGUCAACCCCUACUAUGGCCCUUAUUAUAUCUGUUGCUUUUGUGUACAUUGUCAAUACAAUAUUGCUAAUGCCAUGGCUCUUGUCUUUCACUUGAUUUAUCAGUUAUAGACUGUUUGUUUUGUUUCAGUGUGUUGAAAAUGUUUCAAGACAGAACUGCCCAGUGUGUAUGGAGGUAAAUUAAUGAAUAGUAAGAUCAGUAACACGAUUGCUGUGUAUUUCACUUUAUUAUGUAAUUUAGUAUACAAUUGUGUAUAUAGAAAUUCACACAGCCUGUAUUUUACAAUUUCAUAAGUACUUUUCCUCUAAUGGUUUAUCAUAGAUAUAUAAUGUUUUUGUCUUUUCUCUAAUUAAGGAUAUCCACACAUCCAGAAUAGGAGCUCACGUUCUUCCAUGUGGCCAUCUUCUACACAAGUAUGACAUUUUCCUCAUGAUAAAUACUCUCAAAACCUUUGUCAUUAGCCUAUAAGACCUACACACGUGUGUAUUGAUGCCACUGUUCAUCUGAUGGAUGAUACAGCAGGUGCAUUACUGGAGUCUUACUCUUGUCUUCUGGUUUAUUAAACAAUGUUUAGAAUGUUCACUGGUUCUUUUGUUUUUCAGAACAUGCUUUCGUGAUAUGGUCCGAACUGGGUAAGGUCCAUAGUCCUUUUCAAAUAUUGUGCUAGUUAUCAUAUAUUAAUCCCAAUUACUGUCUAUAACUUAUCAAUCAUAUCAUCUGCAUGACAUUCAUAUAAGCAAUGACGAUCUGCGUGACCAGCAAUAUUGCCUCUAUAUGUCAUCUUCAGUGCGUAUCGAUGCCCACUCUGUAUGCACUCCGCUUGGAAUAUGGAGGGCGACUGGGAGCUGAUGGACAAGGAGAUCACUCAGUCACCCAUGCCCACUGAAUACCAGGAUGCCACUGUGAAGGUAUGACACAAAUGUAUUUACUUUGAAUGUGAAAUUGAACUUUAAAAAACAAAUGACCUCAAUUAUUGUUGUUCCUUGUGUUCUGGGAUACUGUGACUACACUGAUCUGGUGUAGGUUUACUUUUAUGACUCACUUCAGGCUUUUAUAUUCAAGGGAUAUUUCAACUUAUUUUAAAGUUUCAGUAUUGAGCACUACUUCUGCCUCACAACAUGGUUUUGUCGGUUUCUCAUUUUCCCUGACUGUAGAUCAUAUGUAAUGACUGCCAAACCCACUGUACGGUGCCUUUCCAUGUUCUGGGAAUGAAGUGCAGUGGCUGUGGGUCCUACAACACAGCACAGGAUGGGGGACUGAUACAGCAGCCCCAAGAACCACAGACACAGGAACCACAGCCCCAGGAGCAAGAGCCAGAGCAGCAGCCCCAGUCCCCAGUACCAGAACCAUAG